AUGGCAGACGAACUUCGUAUUGCUAUCCGAUACAAUACACUCGAUGUCCCCGGUCUGCCAAGUAACCGAGCGCGACAGGUCGCUGACGACUUUGCCACUUCGAAGCUAUCAAGGCCGUUUAGCAAUUACCGUGAUUUCAUUCAUUGCCCCUCGGAUUUUGAUAGCUCUGUUUCGCAAUCUGUGUGGAUUCUGUGCGACUUCAAUGUUCAUGAUCGUCUUCCUGACCUUCAAGAAAUUCCGACGCAGUUCUGGAAGGUUAAUUACGGCAACAACCAACUAGCGACUUUCAAGCCACACCAGACUAAUGCGAAGCACUUUCUCAAAAGUUAUCCGUGGGGAGGGAGGGACAAUGAGUGGGAAUACCGAUCACAGCAAAAGGAACUUAUUUCGGAACGAGACCUUAGGAGCAUGGCGGAGGGCGAAAUCAUAGUUGGUCCCCCGCAGGAGACUCAUUGA